UAUUCUUCAUCGUCUUCGCUCCCUCCCUCAUCGUCCUCUUCUAUCCAUUUUCCCCAAAUUUCCUUUUCUCACUCACUCAUGGAUUGUGCUUCAACUCUCUCCAUCUGCUCUCAUCCAAAACCAACCGCAAACAGCAGUUUCUCAACAGGUGGCUAUGUGCUGCUUCGCAGGCGGCUGUUUUUUUCUCCGUCGUUGCAGUAUGUGAGUUCAGGGCGGCGACGUUUGAAAUUCCAAACAUUUGCAAUAAAAAAUGCUUCGGCUUCGUCUGGGCGUUCGGGAAGAGCUAGGAAGGUUUAUACGGAGUCGCAAUCCGAAGCAGCCCCUUCAACCUCCUUUCCGGUGAAGGAGAUUGCUUCUUCUGUGUUGCCAGUCGGUUCCUUCAUUGUCGUCACUUUUGUUAUGUGGAAAUUAGUGGAGAAACUGAUGAUGCCUAAGAAAUCAAAAGCUCCUGUACAAGAGAAAAAACCGACUGAAGGAGUGAAAUGGUCCUUUGCUGCUGGGACAAACUUAUUACCUAAUUUUGGUGCAAAGAUCGAAAGGGAAUCCAAACUUCGACUCAAUGAUUUCUCCAAAGAACUUAGGUCAUUCAGCAUUGUUGACAUGUCAGGUCGCAACUUUGGAGAUGAAGGACUAUUCUUCCUUGCUGAGAGCUUGGCUUAUAAUCAGGUUGCUGAAGAAGUAAAUUUUGCUGCUAAUGGAAUAACUGCAGAAGGAAUUAAAGCUUUUGAUGGUAUUUUACAAUCAAACAUUUCUCUAAAGGUUCUUAACUUAUCAGGAAAUAGUAUUGGGGAUGAAGGAGCUAAGGUUUUAUGUGAUAUACUGGUGGAUAAUAGUGGUAUUCAGAAGCUCCAGCUAAAUAGUACUAAUAUAGGUGAUGAGGGAGCAAAGGCCAUUGCUGAGUUGCUAAAGAAGAACUCAACCUUGAGGACACUUGAACUCAACAACAAUUUGAUUGAUUAUUCUGGCUUCUCAGGUCUUGCUGAAGCACUUCUUGAAAAUAAAUCAUUGAAUAGUUUAUAUCUAAAUGGAAAUUAUGGUGGUGCAUUAGGCGCUUCUGCCCUUGCUAAAGGGCUUGAGGGUAACAAAGCUUUAAGGGAGCUUUUUUUGCAUGGGAACUCGAUAGGAGAUGAAGGAGUUCGUGCAUUAAUAACUGGAUUAUCUUUGCAUAAAGUUUUAUUAGCAGGAAAACUCACAGCUCUUGACAUUGGAAACAAUAUGAUAACCUCAAAAGGUGCAUUUCAUGUUGCUGAAUAUGUGAAAAAAAGUAAAUCUUUAUUGUGGCUUAAUGUCUACAUGAAUGACAUUAAAGACGAGGGAGCUGAGAAAAUAGCCGAUGCUUUGAAGGAGAAUCGUUCAAUAACAAACAUAGACCUGGGAGGAAAUGACAUACAUGCUAAAGGGAUCACUGCAAUAGCAGAAGUUUUAAAAGAUAAUACUGUGAUAACAGCUCUUGAACUUGGGUAUAAUCCCAUGGGCCCAGAUGGAGCAAGGGCAUUGUCGGAAGUUCUUAAGUUUCAUGGAAAUAUAAAAACUCUGAUGCUUGGUUGGUGUAAGAUAGGAGCAAAGGGUGCAGAGUUCAUAGCGGAUACUUUAAAAUACAACAAUACAAUCACCACUUUAGAUCUUCGAGCCAAUGGCCUUAGUGAUGAGGGUGCAAAGAGCCUGGCUCGAAGUUUGAAGGUGGUUAAUGAAGCUCUUGUGUCAUUGGAUUUAGGGUUUAAUGAAAUUAGGGAUGAAGGGGCUUUUUCCAUUUCGCAAGCGUUGAAGGCUAAUGAAGACGUGAGGCUGACGUCAUUAAAUCUUGCUAGCAAUUUUCUUACGAAGCUAGGUCAAAGUGCUUUGACCGAUGCAAGAGAUCAUGUGUAUGAGAUGAAUGAAAAGGAAUUAAGUAUUGGGUUUUAGAUCAUUUUAUAUAUAAUACCCAAAGGAGAAAAAUGUUGUUAAGAGGUAUUUCCACAUUUUAUUAUUAUUUUUGUUAGUUUUAUUUAUACUUGGUUGGGUAGGCAUCCCGACUGUAGGGGUGUUUAGAAAUUUUGUGAAGAACUUAUUUGCAUGCAGCUAUUUUUGUUUUCUUAUUUUUAUUGACUGGUUAUAACA